CAUUUCUGUAGUAGUCUCGUGAUCCAAAAUGCUGCUAUAGAUGGUCAAUUUAAGCUAUUUCGCAGUUUUGUUGCUAUGCUUUUAUUAUGAAAGUUGAUACAAAACUAACCGCUUUUAUUUUGAAUUAACUCCCGGGCAUUCUGAUUACAUGGCAUUUGGCGGACUUGACGCUGUGAAAUGGAAAUAGAGAGCACGUUAGCUACUCUUUGUGUUUGCAGACGUGAAGCCAGAGUAGAAUGAUGAAGUACAUCCUGGUAACUGGAGGAGUCAUCUCGGGCAUCGGCAAAGGCAUCAUUGCGAGCAGCGUGGGCACAAUCCUGAAGUCCUGCGGCCUGCAUGUAACUGCCAUCAAGAUCGACCCGUACAUCAACAUAGAUGCAGGCACAUUUUCCCCCUACGAGCACGGGGAAGUGUUUGUGCUGGAUGACGGGGGUGAGGUGGACUUGGAUCUGGGGAACUACGAACGCUUCCUCGACAUCCGGCUGACCAGAGACAACAACUUAACCACCGGCAAGAUCUAUCAGUCGGUCAUCAACAAAGAGAGGAGGGGAGACUACCUGGGAAAGACUGUGCAGGUGGUGCCACACAUCACGGAUGCCAUCCAGGAAUGGGUUGUGAAACAGGCCAAAGUGCCAGUUGAGGAAGAUAAUGUAGAACCUCAAGUUUGUGUAAUAGAGUUAGGAGGCACCGUUGGAGACAUCGAGAGUAUGCCGUUCAUCGAGGCCUUUAGGCAGUUCCAGUUCAAAGUGAAGAGAGAGAACUUCUGCAACAUUCACGUCAGUUUGAUACCACAGCCCAGCGCAACUGGAGAGCAAAAGACCAAACCAACACAGAACAGCGUCCGAGAGCUGAGAGGACUGGGUCUGUCCCCUGAUCUGAUCAUGUGUCGCUGCUCCACCACCCUGGAGAACUCUGUGAAACAGAAGAUCUCCAUGUUCUGCCACGUAGAACCCGAACAGGUCAUCUGUGUGCACGACGUGUCGUCCAUCUACAAAGUGCCGAUACUGCUGGAGCAGCAGGGCGUGGUGGGCUACCUCAGCAGGAGGCUGGACAUGCCCAUAGAGACUCGGCCCAGGAAAAUGCUGACUAAGUGGAAGGAGAUGUCCGACAGGUCAGACAGACUGCUGGAGCACUGCUCGAUAGCGCUGGUCGGGAAGUACACCAAGUUCACCGACUCCUAUGCUUCCGUUAUCAAGGCGCUGGAGCACUCGGCCCUGGCCAUUAGCCACAAAUUGGAAGUUAAGUAUAUAGACUCGGCAUCUUUGGAGCCCAACAUGCUGCAGGAGGAACCGGUGAAAUACCACGAGGCGUGGCAGAAACUCUGCAGUGCGGAUGGCAUCCUGGUUCCAGGAGGUUUUGGUGUCAGAGGAACUGAAGGAAAGAUUCAUGCCAUCAACUGGGCCAGGAAACAGAAAAAACCCUUCCUAGGUGUGUGUCUCGGAAUGCAGUUGGCAGUGUGUGAAUUUGCCAGGAACACACUCGGCUGGACAGAUGCCAACUCAACUGAGUUUGACCCAGAAUCAAAGCAUCCUGUGGUGAUCGACAUGCCAGAACACAACCCCGGGCAGAUGGGCGGAACUAUGAGGCUCGGGAAGAGACGGACCAUUUUCAAGACUAACAACAGUGUACUACGGAAACUUUAUGGAGAUGCAGAAUACGUGGAUGAAAGGCACAGACAUCGCUUUGAAGUCAAUCCUGAGCUCACGAGUCACUUUGAAGAGAAGGGCUUCCGCUUCGUAGGUCAAGACGUUGAAGGGGAAAGAAUGGAAGUCAUAGAGCUGGACGAUCAUCCAUACUUUGUCGGGGUGCAGUAUCACCCAGAGUUCACCUCCCGCCCCAUUAAGCCAUCACCCCCGUAUCUGGGUUUGUUACUGGCUGCAGCCGGGAAGCUUCAGAGCUACCUACAGAAGGGCUGCCGCCUGUCUCCACGGGAUACAUACAGCGAUCGGAGCGGCAGCAGCACCCCAGACUCCGAGAUAUCCGAGUUGAAAUUGCCUUCCAUCUCGAAUGAAUGACUUGGAGUUACAAGAUACUUAUAGAUGAUUUUCACAAGGAUGUUUCAUUUGAGACUUCUUACCACCAAAUACAAUAUGAACUUGACCUACAGAUGUACCAAUGCUUUUUUCAAUAUAUUGUCAGAUUAAUGUGACUCAUAACAAGGCAAUGUACAACAGCAACACAAGUAUAGGAACAUUUCCACAUCAUUGUGGUUCAUGUGUUACAUGAGCCCAGUGGACAACUGGGUUUAAACACUUUUAUCCAAAGCGACUUACAAUUCAGAGAUCAUAUUUUAGGGUUGAGGGCCCUGCACUCAACUUAGUCGCCUUUGCUUUAGGCGGAAAAGGGUCCUAAGUAGUAAAGUGUUCAACAUGUUGCUACUGAUACUUCGCUUACUGUCUCUUGGUUGUAUAUACACUGCUCAAAAAAUUAAAGGAAACACUUAAGCAACACAUCCUAGAUCUGAAUGAAUGAAAUAGUCUU